AGUUUCUGUCUGGGUUUGGUCUGUGUCCUCCCAUUCUCUUUUUCUUUGCUUGCAGUUCUCCCUUACCCGCCUCACUUCAACCAAGCUGAUCACAACCAGGAGUGCAAGUGUUUGGUACACACACAGGGACUGGACAUAGGGAUGAUUAAGAAUCAUCAGGUUGGAAAAGACCUUCUGGAUCAUCAAGUACUUUCAGCGUCGGGCACAGAAAGCUCCCCCUGGGCAGCACAGACACUGUGAGAGAUGUUUCAACCGGCACUGCCGUGCACCAAUUGAGCCCUCCAUCUCCUGCAUGGUCAUCAGCUGCCGCUUGCACUGCGGAGCCACCUUCCACAUGUGCAAGGAGGAGGAGCACCAAUUGCUCUGUCCCUUAGAGCAGGUCACCUGCCUCAACUCUGCCUACGGCUGCCCUUUUUCCAUGGCCCGCUUUAAGCUGGCGAAGCACCUGCAGGUCUGUCCAGCCAGUGUUGUCUGCUGCUCAAUGGAAUGGAAUCGCUGGCCAAAUGUGGAUUCAGACACAACUCUUCACAAGAACAUUAUGAAGGAGACCUUGAACGAAGAAUGUCUGGAUACAGCCUUGGCACUCAGAGACCAGAAGAUACUCUUCAGGACUUUGAAAAUAGCCGACUUGUUUCCAGAGUGGAGGAAAAAGAAUGAAGUGGAGGAGUUAAUGGAUGAAGCCAUGGAUGGGGAAGAAGGUGCUGUGGGAGGAGUAGUCAGUGGUUCCCAAGACAGCGACAACAAGUUGUCUGAGCUCAGCCAACGUGAGCGUGAAGAUCUGGCAAAGGACAAAGAGGGUAUGGAUCUGGGGAGUUACAAAACCUGGGAGAACAUUUUCAGCAAAGAGCUUCUGGCUUGCCAGGUAACAGGCUCAACAGCCAACACAGGAAAAAAUACAGAGGAGGCUUCCAAGAAAACAGCAUCAGCCCCUCAUGCUGCCAGCUCCACAGAAAAGGCAAAGGAGGUACCUGAAAAUGCAGAAGAGGCAAAGAAUCAAAAGCCUGAACAAGUAACACCAAAUACAGAAAUGACAGGACUGGCUCCCUGGCAAGAAGGGGUCCUGGAGAGGCUAAAGAAGGAAGUUGGUGUAGGUGAUUACAACAUGUAUCUGGUACAUCAUGGGGGAAUGCUCAUCCGCUUUGGUCAGCUAGCUGCCUGCACUCCCAAGGAAAAGGACUUUGUCUAUGGGAACUUGGAAGCUCAGGAGGUGAAGACUGUCUACACCUUCAAAGUGCCUGUUAGUUACUGUGGCAAAAGAGCACGACUAGGAGAUGCACUUGGCCAUAAGAUUCCAACUUUAGACAAAUCGGUGGAUACCUCAGAAUUGGGAAUAAACCUAGAAGAACUACCUAAGGCAAAUAUAGUUAGAGCCACGCUACUGUGUGCACUGGAAAAAGAACUGAAAGGCCAUGAGAUCUCUGAAGCAAGAGGUGUUGAUGGGCUCUUUGUGGAUUUUGCAACACAGACAUACAGCUUUCCUCUAGACCCCUUCCCCUCCAAUGCUGUUCUAGCAGAUAUUCUGGAUGAAGAAAGCUCACCAGAACUCCAUGUGGAGCUCUACACUGAAUGUGUAACCAGAAGACACAACAAAAGCAGUUCAGCUUUCACAUUCACUUGCAGUCAUUUCUUCAGGAGGGAUGAAUUCCCAUCCCACUUUAAGAAUGUUCACGCUGACAUCCAGUCAUGUCUGGAUGGAUGGUUCCAGCAUCGCUGUCCUCUGGCCUACUUGGGAUGUACUUUUGUUCAAAAUCACUUCCGCCCUGAUGGACUUAAGGCCAAGGUUAUAUACAGCAAGCCUCUCAAGACAUUUGCUAUUAAGCCAGAGGUGGACACCCUCCUUGCUGAAUCAGGGAAGUGCAUUUCCACAGUCGCUAAUCGAGGGAGAAAUACAGACUCACUGAGCAGCCUCCCAGUGGAAGUGCUCAAGUACAUUGCGGGGUUCCUGGACAGCUUCAGUUUAUCUCAGCUAUCACAAGUGUCAGUGCUGAUGAGAGACAUCUGUGCCACUCUUCUUCAAGAGAGGGGAAUGGUCCUGCUGGUUUGGGAGAAAAAAAGAUAUUCCCAUGGUGGUACUUCAUGGAAAGCUCGCAAAAAGAUCUGGCAGUUCAGCAGCCUGUUCUCUAGAGUUAACAAGUGGCAGCGCAAUGAUGUCGCGUGCAUGUCAGAGCACCUGAAGAACUGUCCCUUCUACCAAGUGGAGCACAGGACGGACCCCGUGCUGCUGACAGGCAUGUGCGAAUCUCGAGAGCAGACACAAAAGACUUUGGUUUCUACUUUCAAACGCAGAGUCUGAACAACCUGCUUCCCCUCUGCCAUGCUCCUUUCAGAGGUCUUUAAAACAAGAUUUGGGAAUUUGAGUGUGCUUCCAGCUCUCCUUUGGACACUUAAAACUGGCUUCUCCUCAUCUGUGGUUGGGAUAUCCUGCAUAAUUUUUUUCCUACAUUUAUUUAAUUGUUGAAACUUCAUCCACUGCUCACUGAUACCACACGCUUUCUGCUUAUGUUUCUGCUCCUCGCUUAACACAGCAUCCUGAAGAAAACAAUAAGGAUCUUGUUUGAAACAGCACCUUCACAGUCUUGGAGCUCAUAGCCAGAAGUGUGAGAUCAGGACAUGAGGACUGGCUUUCAUCUGACCAACUCAGGCAGGAGGACCUCGCCAGGAGCUGGGACGUCUGCUGGCCUGGACCACCGCUCUCCUUGCCCAGGCUAGCCAGGUGAAAACUGGCCGAAGUGAAUGGACACACACCACACUUGCCUUCCUUGGUCUCAGUGCAGAACUGGGAUGAGGCGGGCUAUGCAAGAAGAAGCCCUCUCUCACCAAUAAAGGUUGCUGAUGAGCCUGAUCUGAGUGCUUGGUAAUCGAAGGCAUGAAUUGCACGAUGACUGAAACUAUGCUGAGUGCAGCUCAUCCUUCUGUACACUUGUGGCUUAAGUGGUCCCUGUGAGAUUUAUAACCAUACAAGGAUGUUUUUCUUCUCUAGACACAUGCCCUCAGGAACUAUCAGCCGAGUUGUGGAACAGUGGCGUGGUCCCAGGAGCAGAAGUAGCAGCAGUUACUUUUCUUUUUUUUAAAAGCUAUUCUGGUAUUUCUCCCUAGAGAUCCUUUCUGGGAAGCCUCAUAAUGCUUUAAACAAGAAAAUAAACUAGUUUCUGCAGGUAUCCUGUGAAAAACACAAGUAGCAUCCCAGUUUUAUGCAGGGGAAGAUGAAGUGAAUGAACUCAAGGAACCCAAGCUGGGCCAGGAGCAGUUUAAGCUGGAUUCUCUAAUUCUUCAUGCACUGGCUUAAGCCACUGUGCAAAACCAAACUGGCCAUCCUUUAAAGCUGCUUACAAAAACUGACCUGUCCUCAAAACAUGUGCUAUGAAACAGGUUGCCAAAUACUCUCACUCUGUUUUACACAGGGAAGCUGAGAGAGGUGUGAACACACAGGUAGACUUCCUGGACUGGCCUCUACAUCAGGACCUUAUCCUUCAUAUACUGUGUAACUGAUCUGCAAAGAUGCUGAGCUGCAGCAUGAUGCAUAGCUGCAGUUUGGGGAGGAAACAAAAAAGAUCCAUAUGUGAUAGAGUCUCAAAGUAAGCCUGUGUCAAAGUCUUGUAUAGAAGAUCAUGAUAAAAAUAGUUCAACCUGUGAACUGUCUCUCACCUGAUCAACCACUUAGCUGCUGUAAACCAGUGUAGCUGCCCUGAAGUUGUGGUUGAUGUUAUGUGUGAAUUUGGCCCAUUUUAUUUCUAGUGCCAGUGUCACUGGCAGUGCUGCUAUUCCACCUCUGGCCUCCUCCUGCCAGAGGAUUGUGUUCUUCUAUGUCUCUGCUCCUGGAGAUGACCUGACUUCAUUUCCAGCCUGAUUAUUACCACUGAUCCUGCUUCUUCCCUGUAAAGGAGGUGCUGGAGUCAGACUACGGGGACAAUGCAACAUUUGCAAAUGUGGUGAUACAGGGUGUGGUUCAGAGAUAGCAAUGUUGCAGCUUCUGACUCUUGGGAUCAGCCAAGGUGUAGGUACAACAUCUAGGAGACUGGAUAAUUUUCCUGCUGGUACUGCUAUAGGGUUCACGGGUAGACACGGGCUGUUAAUUCACAGAGAGAGAAAGGGACAAAUUCACACCGAUGAAUAUAACUAAAUUUGGUUAAGAAAACUUCAGCAGAUACAGUAGAAGCUGAAUACCCACAGGCAUUUGCAGGUUAGUCUGGUUAACCUGACCCUGGAAGAUGGAAAGCUGUACAAGGAAGUGGAGAUUACACUCAUACCGGUGCGAACUCACGCAGCAAAAGUCAGCUGGUAGCCGAUAUCUUGCAUUUAACACUAGUGGAGAGAUGUGGGCUGGUGUCAGAUGCAGUUUAAUCAAUCAAAGAAUGUAUGCCAAGCUAGCUCAGUGUUGAUAGUCCUGCUCACUAGCAGAGUCAGCAGAAGCUUUGAGGAGCUGCAAGAAACCAAAUUUGCCUGCCUUCUUUCUCUUGGUGAGCACAACGCUGUCUUGGUCAAAAAGCAAGAGGCUUUUGUUUGUGUUCAGCAAGUCCGUAGGCUUCUAGUUUAAGCUUCUAACUGGACUGGUGGAAAGCUAAGAUAAGUAAGGAAACUUUCUUAUUAGAAAUGUAGGCUUCUGAACAGAAUUUAGGAGCCAAAACACUUCCUGAAUUUCAGCUUGAGGGAUCUGAUUAGAAGAAACUAGGUAUUUUGGAGUUUUUCAAAACAAGUCUGUUGCUGUGGUGGGUUCUGAACUGGAAAAAAGGACCCAAGUCCCAAAUCCAGCAGAGCACUGAGGCUGAUUCUGGUCCAGAUCACGCACUCCAGACUUUCAUGGCUUUGAUCCUACUUGUGCUGCUCAGAUGUCUUGUGAAGGGCAAGAGCAAUACCCUGUACACUCCAGCCUGAUGUGUUUUGCAGUGUUUCUACUUAUUGGAAGGACAGGAACAGAAAUUACAGCAUCAUGGAAAUCAGUGAGGUCAGAACAAGGCCAAUAGACUCAGGACAAGAGUGAAAAAGAGGGGAAACAGGAAAGGUAAUGGGUUUAGAUAGAGGAGACCUGCCUGAUCAUAGGUGUUAUGAGGAGAGGCAAGGGGAGAAAGGUAAAAGGGCACAGGAAUGAUGGGAAGAGGGAUGUGGAAGAGGUGAUGCAGCUGCAAAUGAUUUAGGAGGAAACACUUCAAUUCAACAGACACUAGGAGGACAGGAGUGAUGUUUAGGACAACAGACAGAUGUGCGGAAUAGAGAGUUUUUCUUUUGUUUGGUUUCUACUGACAAAGUAAGAUAUUUAGACAAGCCUGGUGAACUCAGUGAAAUGCAGACUCUUUUUAAUUGUAAUUUAUACAGUGACCCUCACUCUGUGGCACAGCCUCUGUUCUAGGUUAUUCAGCCAGCAGAUUGUUGUAAACAUGAGCUGAGAGGCCACGGUAAAACCACAAAGAGUCACAAGUGUUUAUGUUCCUGUAUGCUCAGUC